GAAGCUGCUGCAGCAGAGCUCCAGUUGGAGUGCUCAAAGACUGCAGGCUGACGGAAAAAGGCAAAGAGGCAAGCUAAGGCGUUGCCAUCCCUCCCACACACACACACACACACCGUGCUCUGGCAGGCUCUUUGCCCCCUGCCACCUCUUUUCUGUGAGAGCCAGGCAGGUUCCUCUCUCCCAGUUGUGCAAAGCAGCUCAGAAAUAGCAAUAAAUCUGUCUUCUUUUCCACCUCACUCCCCCUACUCAGCCUGCCCAGGGUCUUCUGAACCCCUAGCACCUACCACUCCUGGGUCCCCAGGUCAACUCCAGGCUGAGUUUGUGAUCCAGGAUUCACCAUGAGCUUUCCCGCCUUCUUUGUCCUGCUGGUCUCGGCUAUGCAAGUCAUUGCAUUCCCAGUGAACAGCCCAGCAAAUAAAAGUGAUACUAAGGUGAUGAGAUGCAUUGUCGAGGUCAUCUCCGACACACUUUCCAAACCGAGCCCGCUGCCCAUCAGUGAGGACUGCUUUGAGACCCUACGAGGAGAUGAAAGGAUCAUUUCAAUUCUCCGCCAUCAAAACUUGCUGAAAGAGCUCCAAGAACUUGCCAUCCAAGGUGCCAGUGAGAGAGCCCAGCAGCAAAAGAAAGACAGAGGCUUUGAAGAUGAACUUUCUGAAGUCCUUGAGAGCCAAAAUAAUGAGGAGACCAUUGAGAAGGGGGAAUUGAAGGAUGUCUCCCCUGAGAAGUCUGAUGAAGAUGGCACUGAGUCUAAAGAGAAGAAGAGCCUGGAAGAAAGAGAAGCCCAGCCCAAAGAGACCAACCCCAAGGAAGCCAAGGAGGACUCUGACAGCAAUGAGAUCAGCAAGACCUCCGAGGAGGUGAGCUUGGAAAGUACCCUGGCCAGUGGCCUGACCAAGGAGGAGCACUUUGCCCCAAAGCCCACCGAAGAUAUCAACGACCAGCCCACUGAUUCUCAGGAGAAUCUGGACCUCAAAGAGAAGGAACAAAGUUCUAAGAGAGAUGAGGAGGCAAAUGGAGAGGAAGAGGAAGAGGAAGAAGCUCAUCUGGCCCAAGGGGGAAAUAAAGAAACAUCCAAUGAAGAAGGUCCCACUGGAGCAUUCAGUACCAGCUCAACCCUCGAUGAGAAUGAGACUUCAAGGGAAGACAGUAUGUAUGGCAAAGCCCUUGAUAAGUGCCCCAUAAUCCUGGAUGACCACACUUCCUCUGGUAAACCCCUGGGUCGACCAAAGGCACUGGAUCUGAAUGGGGAAGGGAAGGUCAUGGAAGAGGAGGCUAGAUCCCAGGAAGAAAAGGGGCUGAGCCGACGUUCUGAGGAGGAAGCAGCAGCCACUGAAGACAUCUUCAGCCCAAGGGGCAGUAAGAGUCAGGAACUGGAGGAGGAACUCUCCAAAGAAUGGGAGGACUCCAAGAGGUGGAACAAGAUGGAUGAGCUGGCCAGAGAGCUGACGGCUAAGAAGCGGAUGGAGGAGAGCGACAGUGAGGAAGAGCCAGACCGGUCCAUGAAACUCUCCUUCCGAUCCCACAAGUAUGACUUUGGGAGUCCCAUGGGGCUGCCAAGGAGAACCUGGAAAGCUCACUCCAGAGAGGACAGCAUUGAGGCAGGUUUGCCUCUCUCUGUCAGGGGUGACCCAGAUGAGAAGAAGGAAGAGGAGGGAAGUGCUAAUCGAAGGACAGAGGACCAAGAGCUGGAAAGUCUAGCAGCCAUUGAGGCAGAGCUGGAGAAGGUUGCCCAUAAACUCCAUGAGCUCCGGAGGGGCUGACUUAGGAUUCUAUGAAGUGCCCAGAAAUUUACUCCUCACCUUGCCUUUUCAUUUCCAAACUCAAAUAUGGAUGGGCGGGGGGGGGGGGUUUGGGCAGCCAGAGAGUGCCCCCCAAUGCCACUUGUGACACUGGCUAAAUCUGCUUUUUCACUUCCUGAGUUUCUGUCCCCCUGUGCACUCCUUCCCCACCUCAAGGCCUUUUCAUGCACUUUGUGUUGGUUUCCAGACAGUUAUCAUUUCAAGACAACAAUGAGACAGCUUUUCUAGAAUGUUUCCCCAUCACUGUUAUGUCCACUGAAUACAACUGCAAUAACUUGUUCUCUUUGGAUUAAAGUCAAAGACUACUGACUUUAAUAUAUUCUAUAUAAAAUUUAUCUAAGGAAAAAUAAAACUCCAAUGGGCUU